GUUAAUUAUAUUAAUAAUGGGGUGGUUGAAGUUAAUAUUGAUAUGCCUCAUCUUGCUUUCAUCUUCUUCUCCAACAAUGGAAGCUCUGCGCCCGAUUAGGGCGGCCAGGGAAGCUUUAGAGGCUCAAUUUCUGAAAAGAAGAAAAAAACGACAAGGAAAUGUUGCAAAAAAGUUGAAUCUCCAACCCCAAGGGCCCACACCUAGAUCCAACGAUGUAUGAGGAAGAUGGUAAAUCAGGAACGCAUCAACUCGUUAAAGGGCGAGAUCGGUCCAUAGACAUCACGGCAGUCGCCGUCUCGCUAGCAGAAGAAAUCUCAACGGAAACGCAGGUCACGGCAUCACGCACUCACACAGCACUCCGAUUCCGCCGAAUCCUCCGAGUCUCCGACAAAUCGCAGGGCUCUCAGCACUCAGCACUGUCAGCAGCCGUCGAAUCGCAAUUCGCAGCACUCCGUCCAGUCGUCCACCGGUUCCGCAGAAACUCUUUUUUAGAAUGGAGGGAGUACAAUUUAAAUUAGGACCAAAGGAGUAUCUUGGAGCAAGCUGAUCAUCCAUAAAGAGGAGAAGCUUGGAGCAUACGUAUACGCACUAGAAUGGAGCCGCCAUAAGCGAUUUUAUGAGGAUGGCGGCUAGAAGUAGAUUGGAUGAUCUUCGUUGGAUGAGUUUUUUCUAAGGAGAGUGUUGACGAUUAGAGCAAGGCGAGGCGAUUUUAUUUUUCUUCUUAUGGGUCAUUCUUUACUUCUCUAUCGUUUUUCAUGAUCUCAUAUUCUACAUGAAACACAAACAAAAUAACAAAUGCAGUCUUCAAGU